AUGGCAUUGAUAGCACAGGCGACGGCGGCACUCGGUAUCUUGUGCAUUUUUGCUGCGUUGUAUCUCAUCGGAUCAUGUGUCUACAACGUAUACUUCCACCCACUAUCACGAUACCCUGGCCCGCGAUUCUGGGCAGCGUCUCAACUGCCUUGGACGUACCACGUAUUCAAAGGAGAUCUUGCGAAGCCUAUCAUUCCUCGACUGCACGAGAAGUAUGGACGAGUAGUCCGCAUAGCGCCUGACAGACUGGUCUAUGCCGAUGCUUCAGCAUGGAGAGAUCUCUACGUCCAAAAGUCCAGUACAGGACAACAAAACCCACGAGACCCUAGCAAGUUCCUUCCAGCGCCCAAAGGAGGGAUCAACAGUAUCCUCUUAGCAGACGAUCGCAGCCAUGCACGUUUCCGCAGCUUCCUGUCACCGGCCUUCAGCACGAAGGCUAUGGAUGAACAGCGAGAUAUAGUCAGGGGCUACGUCGACCUGCUCAUCAAAGGUGUGGCCACGAGUGCUAAAGAGGGGCCUCAUGAUAUGGUCGCCUGGCUGAAUUGGACAUCUUUCGACAUCAUUGGCGACCUAUGCUUUGGAGAGUCGUUUGACGGUCUGGUCAAGAGACGAGAACAUCCUUGGAUAUACUUCAUUUUCCAUCACGUCACAACUGGUCUGAUGGUGGCCCACUUGCACUCUACAUUCCCUUGGACUAGACGGUUUCUACCUUAUCUGUCUUCAAACGAGGCCUUGCAAAGUCGCCUUCAACACAGACAGAUGACCAUCGAGAAGGUCAAGAGUCGAAUCGAUCGAGGGGAGACAGAUAGGCCAGACUUCAUCACACUGGCCUUGCGCGAUCAUGGCAAGCAGCAGCCACUUAGUCUGGCUGAACUUGUUCCAAACAUGAUGACCCUCAUCAUAGCCGGAAGCGAGACGACCGCAGGUGCUCUUGCCGGCGCGUUGUACUUGCUAUGCAGAAACAACCAGGUGUACAGACGUCUCGUGGCCGACAUCCGGGCCGCAUUCGCAACAGACGAUGACAUUGACAUCCACAGACUUAAUCAGCUCGAGUACCUGACGGCUGUGCUACGCGAGUCACUUCGUUUGUAUCCUCCGGUUCCAACAGAAUGGCAUCGGCGCAUCGCGGAUCCAGCAGGACAGCUGGUUGCUGGCGAGUGGGUACCGUACGGGACCUUCUGCGGCGUAGCACAAUAUGCAGCAAACCGUUACAAACCUGCUUUCCGCGACGCCGACUCCUUCGUGCCCGAACGCUGGCUCGGCGACGCCAAGUAUGCCGCGGACGAGCUGGAGCUGGUGCAGCCGUUCGCGAUAGGGCCACGCAACUGUCUUGGGCAGAGCCUGGCGUACAUGGAGAUGCGGCUGAUCCUCGCUCGUCUUCUCUACAACUUCGACUUUACCCUAUCGGAACCUGACAGGGAUUGGAUCGACGAUCAAAGUACCUUUGGAUUGUGGCAGAAAGUGCCCUUGAUGAUGAACGUUGUCCCUGUGGGCGUGAGUUAG